AUGUCGACUGUCUCUGAGAACCCUACCCGUCCCCACCGUUGUGUUUACUGCGGCCUCUGCUUCAAGCGAUCAGAACACUUGAAGCGCCAUGUGAGGAGGCACACCAAGGAAAGACCUUUCCGUUGUCGAAUAUGCGGGGAGAGCUUUUCCCGAAAAGAAUUGCAUGACCGCCAUCAACGCACCCGCCAUGGCGCGACUUCAAGCAUUCCAUUACCAGAAAUUGUAGAAUCAGAGCCAUCUGCAGCUACCCAUCCGAAUUCAUACUCACCAGGGCAGGUCGAUGCUGCUCAAGGUGACCCGUCCAGUCGAGCACCAUUCCCCUCCUUCGUUGAGGAGCCGGGGCCAGCAUUGCACGCUCCUUUAGCGCCAGAGACACAUCGACAUGAAAACCUUUACUUGACCGGGGCUCCGGGGAGUCCUGCUUUCCAAGAAAAUGUGUACUCUGUGAUCUCCGACCGGCGUCGAGAGUCUCGGCUUCAGACGCCUUCAGGAAGCGAGACUCCCCCGUGGCUGAAACUGCCCAGCGGGCUGGAGUUCGCAUCGCUUCUCUCAGCAUUGAAUAGGUCUCCGUUAUCUACGAGUCUUCCGACACCGCUACGGCUGUGUACACCGCAAAGCGAGGCGAUUUUUGAAAAUGAUCGGAAUGAGACUGCCCGUUUGGGGAUCGAGAAAGCGCUGGAGGGUUUGAGGGUGCGUCUGAGGAUAUGA